AUGGAAACAUUAAAUAAUUUUCCUGAACUAGCACUAUCCGAAAAUAAACCCGCAAAAAUAUCGUUCUCCAAAACAGAUUCAUUAUUAAGCGAGGAAAUUUUGCAAUUAGAGAAUAAAAAUCUGCAACUAAGAAAGAUAGAAUCAGAUCCCAGCCCAAUCACAACUAAUAUUCAACAUUUAAGCAAUAUUCAUUUCAGUUUUAAGUCAACUCAAGAAUUUAAAGCGGGAUUCGAUUAUGCCGAUUGUCAAGAUUGGAUUAAGGCUGGGUUACAACCCGAAGACCACGAAUUAGCUUAUUACCUAAAACACGAAAAAAAAUUAACCAAUCAGCAAGUCUUAAAACUCGAAGAGAUUGCUGAGUUAAGACAAGAAUUUCAAAAGAAAACACAAGCCGCCCAAGUCAAAUCUGCUCAACAAUGGUAUGAAGCCGGGGGAAUCAGCCUUGAAAAAUAUGAAAACUGGCAGAAAAUAUUUUCUCCGCAAGAACUUUACACUUGGGCGGAUUGGUUGCGAACUUGUCAGCAUGAAUUAGUAGCUUACCUGCGGGAUAAGGAAAAAUUAACUCCGACCCAAAUUAGCCUUAAAUCCCAGUCCGACGAGAAGAAAGACCUUAAUUUGCUAAAAAUUUCCGGAGUUGCUAUCUCUUCGAAUCAGAAAGAUAAGAGUAAAGAAGAACG